AUGGCUGGGGUAGAUGCUAAAGAGCUUCCCAAGAUACCUGAAGAGGAUAUCGAAGCACUGAAAGCUGCUUUUGGGGAAGGAAACCUCACCGAAGCAUCUGUUAAAGUGAAAGAGGCUCUGGAGACGGCUGAUAAAAUCACUCUCAACAUUGCUGUCACGGGGGAGUCGGGCUCUGGAAAAUCGUCCUUUGUCAACGCCAUCCGGGGCCUGAAGGAUAGAGAUAAAGGUGCUACUGCGAUAGGGGUCACUGAAACGACAAUGAAGCUCCUUGAUUACUCACAUCCUAGCUACCCAAAUGUAACAGUCUGGGAUCUGCCAGGGAUCGGGACCCCAACAUUUAAACCACACACGUACCUCAAGGAGGUGGAGUUCAGUCGCUACGACUUUUUCAUCAUCAUCUCCUGCACCCGCUUCAUAUCCCACGACAUUCAACUCGCCCAGGAGAUCCAGAAACUGGGGAAGAAGUUUUACUUUGUGCGCUCCAAGGUGGAUCAGGAUUUGGCAAAUGAGAAAAAAAUGUAUGAUGAGGAGGGAAUCCUAGAGCAGAGCAAUGCCCCCACGAAUAGGCCACCUCCGUACAGUGAGAGUGCGAUCCUCGAUGUCAUCAGAGAGGACUGCAUCAAAGGCCUUAAAACAGGAGGGGUGGCCUCCCCACGGAUUUUUCUUGUAACUAGAUGGGACUUAGGCAAGUUCGAUUUUCCCAAAUUGCAGGAAACGCUAGUGAAUGAGCUCCCCAGUCACAAGAAACUCAUUCUCCUACGAUCCCUGUCCCAUGUUUCUAAAGAAACCUUGGAGAAGAAAAAAGAACAACUGCAAACGCAGAUAUGGCUGAAGAGUCUGGUGUCAUGCGGUAUCGCUGCUGUUCCUAUCCCUGGUCUCUCCACUGUUUGUGAUGUUGCCAUGCUGGUGACAUCCCUGAAAGGGUUCUGCAGGGAUUUCGGCCUUGAUGAAAAGUCUCUCUCUGCACUUUCUAAACGGACUAAGAUUCCCAUUGCAGAGCUGAAGGCCGUUAUAAAGUCCCCACUGAGUGAGGAAAUAACAAAAGAUCUUGUAAUUACGCUACUGACCAAGUGCGGAACUGGGGCAGUGCAAUACUCAACAAUUUUAUUAAAAUUUAUACCUGUGGUAGGUGCUGUGGUAGGUUCUGUGGCAGCUGCAGCAGUUGCUCUCCCUACCACAAAGAUCAUGUUGCAGAAUUUCCUGGAUGAUGUUGCUGCUGACGCUCUACGAGUUCUGGAGGUGGUUAUGAAGGGAGCCAUUUCGAACUCAGAGAUGCCACACAAAAAACACCCGCACCCCCUGAAAGGAAGAAAUGUCAACAUGUGGCUGAAAGGAUCAAAGUAA